AUGUCGUCACUCGCUAAGUUUAUCGCGGCUGCGGCCGUUGGCAUCACCAUGUCACCAUUCGUCUCAGCCGCUGAGAACGUCACGGUCAAGGAGCUUACCGGCGGCUGCUCCGCGUACCCGGGCUACGACGCUUCUGCCGGUCAAGCGGGGCCGUGGUCGAUCCAAGUAAAGGAUACCGACGGCGGCGUCCUCGACAAUCACGGCCUGACCGCCAUUUACUCUCGCGGCUCGACUGGCAUCCGAUGGGGAUACAUGGCUGCACUUGACAGAGCCGCUGUUGCGCAGGACCCGCUUCAGUGUGUCGAUGGCCAAGGCAUUCAGGGCCAUGUGCCCACUGGCGUCUCGGGCUACACCUGGGAGAACCUCGCGGUCGCAGAGAUUCCGUACGACGCUCUACUCAUGUACUUGGUCAACGGCACCGAGGUCAAGCCGUACUCGCAUUACACGCUCAACGGCACGCAGAUCGACGGGGUCUUCUUGGGCUCCGAGGGCUACACGACGUGGGGUUUCAAGAAGGAGACGACUUCUGAUCAAGGAACAUUUUGGGAGGCCAGAUUGUUGGGCGCCAACAGUGAAGAUCCCUCAACUGGCAAACCGCUGUUCGAUGGGGAGAUUACUGGCUUUCUUAAAGUUUAUGACUCUUGA